AUGAACGACCCUCAGCAGCCCAUGAGCUACAACCUUGAUGGGGCGCGCCCGCGCCUUUCUGUUCGACGUGCCCGCGAUCCUCCUAAGAACUCUGAAGGUCAAAUCUUUUGCGAUCAUCCUGAGUGCCAAUCUGCGCCUCCUACUUUCCGCCGUCCAUGCGAAUGGAACAAACACAUGGAUAAACAUGAUCGUCCCUACAAGUGUUAUGAACCAAACUGUGACAAAAUCCAAGGUUUCACCUACUCUGGUGGUCUCUUGCGUCAUCAGCGCGAAGUUCACAAGAAAAACACCGACACAAAGAAGGCCUUGAUGUGCCCAUACACUGAUUGCAACCGCAGCACGGGAAACGGAUUUACGCGCCAAGAAAAUCUGCGCGAACAUCUUCGCCGCCGCCACAUGCACAAUGACGAAGCUCCAGCUAUGGUUGAUAUGUCUUGGGACCGCGCCACCGAACUCGAUGGUGUAGAGGGCGUCCGUGCUCCCUCUCUCCCUAUCACUGGAAUGAAGCGCCGCCACGACUCUCCUCCCGUCGGAGAUCUCCGAGACCUGCCUGAGACCGAUGAGCAUGGAAUCGAUUUACACAACGAAGUUAAGAGACUCCGCCGCGAAGUCCAAGAGAAGGAUCGCCGCCUCGAAGAGCUGGAGCGAAUCGUCUCCAAUAUUCAGCAGGCUAUCCCUCAGCAGUCUCCUGCCGUACCCGAACUCCAGGAUCUUUCCCAGCCCGCUCCCCAGCCUGCUGCGGCUCCUCCCGUUUAA